UAAUGUGUCUUUGACUUCAAUGCACUUCGCCUGUUUUUCGACCAUUCGGUUAUGUCAACAUUUUUAAAAUUAUUGUGAGAUGUGUUGUACGUUAAUUUUUUUUUAGUUCAAAAUGUUUUUUUUUAUAAAAAUGAAUAAAAUUAUGAACGUAGGUUUUAUUUGCAAAUAUGUAUCACAAUCGAAAUGUGUGCAGGCUCAACAACUUCUUAAUAGUAAUAUUUCAAGGGUUUUUAGGACUUCAGUUGUCAGCCCGUUUUCCAGUGCAAGCACAAGGAAACCCUCCUUGAUUAAACUUUGUCGGUGUUCUCAUAGGUGUUCUUUCACUUUAGAUGUCAUUUGCUUAGCGAAUUGAUUUUUUUUUCAGUUGGCAUCACACAGCAGCCAUGAAGGACUUGGAUCAGCACAUGCUUCCAAAUAACUACCCAAUUGUGGAACUUGACUGCAAGGUUGCAUUUGACUGCAUAUCGCCGAAGCAGAAGUUGUACUGCCACUAUCUCAACUUGGCCAGUUGGCAUGGGAGUCUCAUCGUGUAUUUACAGACCUCACCCGAGUCGCCAAUCAUAUUCAGUGUCUUGACGAAGACAUUGUUGAGCCAGCCAAUAGCAGAGCUGCGGGAGGCCUCCCUAAGUAAAGGAGUUACCGAAGAUGACUUCACAGCAUUCUUGGUGUACGCAGCUGUGUUCUACUCCAACAACGGAAACUACAGGGGCUUCGGCGACACCAAGUUCAUCCCGAACGUGUCCAAGGAGAAACUGGAGGCGCUAUUGAAAGCCAGCAAGGCCUGGAAUAAAGACCUGCAGGCACAGUGGGAAGAGUGUCGAGGGCCAAUUUACUCAUUGUCUGAGCGCGAGAAGCAGCUCUCCUUCCCGGACAAGGGUGUCACCGCCUACCUUUCCAAGAACUGUUCCAAAGAUGAUGCCGUCCUCGUGAAUGAGUUCCUCAAGUCGAGGGGGCUGGAGGGCUACAACACUCGGCUGUUUAAGACCACUGAUAAUGGUGUCCCCAAGUAUGAGAUUCGUCUGGCAUCUGCGGAGGCAGCUGAUCGUUCGGAGGAGGAGCGAGAGUUCAAGGGCAGCAAGUUUGUGGUGUCGCGGGGAGACUACUCGCCUAUCCUGGAUACUGUCGUGCAGCACCUCAAGAAGGCAAAGGAGUAUGCGGACAAUGAGUUUGAAAAGGCGAUGCUUGAAUACUAUGCCAAGAGCUUCAAAACAGGUUCACUGGAUGCUCACAAGGAUGGCUCGCGCCAGUGGAUCAAGAACAAGAAGCCCGCCAUUGAGACGUACAUAGGGUUCAUAGAGACGUACCGGGACCCGGCUGGCGUGCGGGGAGAGUGGCAGGGCUUUGUGGCCAUGGUGAACAAGCCCAUGUCGGAGAAGUUCUCCAAGCUGGUGGACAAGGCAGAGAGCUUGCUGCAGUUGCUCCCAUGGGACCGCUCCUUCGAGAAGGACAAGUUCCUGCAGCCGGACUUCACCUCGCUCGAUGUGCUGUGUUUUGCGGGCAGCGGCAUUCCCGCCGGCAUCAACAUUCCUAAUUAUGAUGAAAUCAGGCAGGUGGAAGGCUUCAAAAAUGUCUCGCUUGGAAAUGUGAUACCUGCAUACUUCAAAGAACCCAAAAUCGCUUUUUUGGGAAAAGAAGAUGCGGAAUUGUUGGACAAAUACAGAGUCUCAGCAUUUGAGAUCCAGGUCGGGCUCCACGAGCUGCUAGGCCACGGCAGUGGCAAGAUGUUUGCAGAAGAAGGUGGCAAGUUGAACUUCGACCCACAAGCUGUGAAAGACCCUUUCACCUCGAAGCCUAUCACCUCGUACUACAAAGAAGGAGAGACAUACGACUCUAAGUUCACAACCAUGAGCUCCACAUAUGAAGAAUGCCGUGCUGAGUGUGUGGGUCUCUACCUGAGUCUGGUUCAGGAUGUUGUCAGGAUCUUCGGUAUUGAUGAGGUGGCGGUGGAGGACGUAACGUACGUGAACUGGCUGUCUCUGGUGCACACGGCUGUUGCCAAGGCCCUGGAGCACUACCAGCCCGCUUCCAAGCUGUGGCUGCAGGCACACUCGCAGGCCAGGUUCGUGAUAAUGCGGGUGUUGCUGGAGGCGGGGCAGGGCCUGGUAGAGGUGACGGAGACGGAGCCAGGAAAGGACCUCCUCCUCAAGCUGGACCGCUCCAAGAUACGCACUGUAGGUCGAACCGCUAUUGGAGACUUCCUGCACAAGCUGCAGGUAUACAAGGCCACAGGAGAUGUGGAGAGUGCGCGCUCCUUAUACAACAAGUACUCUGAGGUUCCUGAGGAUGGACCCUACCCCUUCGCCAGGUGGCGGGAGAUUGUGCUGCUGCACAAGAAGCCUCGCCGAGUGUUUGUGCAGCCCAACACUAUGCUCUCAGAUAAAGAAGUGACAUUGAAGAUAUAUCCAGCAACUCCAGAGGGAGUUGUGCAGUCAUUCCUAGAUCGCUUCAACGUCACUCCAGACCCGUCAGACAUUAUGCAUUCUCUGUGGCAGAAGGACUGCAAGCAUUUUUUAUAACAUUAUUUGUUUAGAUUGUAUAUAAUUAAACAAAUGUUUUACACACA